AUGUUUAGGUUCAGCUAUAUCCUGGCAGAUCAACAUCCUUCAGGGGAUAUUGGGUACAACACCUCUCAAGAUCUUGUAAGCACUAGCUAUGUGAAAGACCCCUCUUUGUAUGAAACUGCUAUUCUGAUUCAGAUUUUAAUGGACAAUGAAGAUAAAAGUUGGAUGAAUUGCCUAAGAUGGACAGAGGAGUAUAGUCGUGGAGUGAACAAUUUUCUUGAUAAGGCAUUUGAACGAGCUUCUCAAGGAGAUGAAAUAUUAUGCCCUUGCAAAAAAUGUGUUAAUCGCUACUGGCAUUAUAAAAAUGUUGUGGAAGAUCACUUGGUUGUUGAGGGGUUUGUUGAUAAUUACACCGAAUGGGUUUUCUAUGGAGAAGGGUUUUACUCGAGAAAUGCACCUCAUCCAAUCAAUGAUGAUGAAGAUUCUAACUUGUGUGACGACAUUGAUGGACUGCUUCAUGAUACAUUUAGAAAUGUGGAGGGUGAGCCGACACAUGAAGAAGUAGGGAGAGAGGGACUAUCUGAAGAUGCAAAGAAUUUUUUUAAAUUAUUGGAGGAAGGGAAACAAAAGUUAUAUCUGGGGUCUGAAACUUUCACUAAAUUGAGUUUCACCAUUCGGUUGUACUUGCUUAAAACCUUGUAUAGGUUGAGUAAUGUAGCAUUUUCAGACAUUUUAGCGCUGCUGAAAGAGGCAUUUCCCUUUGUUCAGCUACCAGAGUCAUUCAACAAGGCUAGAAACAUGAUAAAAGAUGUGGACAAUGAGAAAGCAGAUAAUUGCUCCGUCAGUGGAUCUUCUAGAUGGAAGAGUGUUGGUAAUGCCUUGACUAAUGUCAAAUCUAAAAUCCCUGCAAAGGUUUUAAGGUACUUUCCCUUAAAGCCUAGGCUUCAAAGGAUGUUUAUGUGUCCUAAAACAUCUGUUGCAAUGAGGUGGCAUGCUAAUGAACGACCCAAUGACUGGAAUAUAAGACAUCCUACUGAUGGAGAGGUUUGGAAGGAUUUUGACUCUUUGCAGCCAAACGUUUCUAGAGAUCCUCGUAAUGUCAGGUUGGGUCUUUCAAGUGAUGGUUUCAACCUAUUUCAAACCAUGAGUAUUUUCUCAUAG